GCUUUGUGUAGCGGAACCUGGAAUCCGCUGGUAAUGGCUGCCUUCCUUGUAAUUGAUGCAAGGACAGUUCGCGUACAGCUUCCUGAGUUCCAUCCUCGUCUUUUCACCCAAACACAGCAUGACCGUAACCCUAAGACAGCCGAGUUUCUUGGCUUCCUCAACUCGAACGUGUGUGAACUGCCCCGGGAAUGGUCCGGGAAAGCCAAUGAGGGUGGGCGAGGCUUGGAGAUUGCCCAGUCUGGACAUGGUUGAGCCGAGGCUUGUCCUGAUCGGGUCAUCUUCCUGAGCAACAUGCUCUGACAUUCUUCCUUCAUCAUCUUCUAUGAGAUUGAGAAUUAGCCCGUCACAGGCCGUCUCAUGUAUAAGUCACUGCCGAGUCCAUCAUGGAGCCCUCGAGUGCGAACACCGGCUUCAUCCAGAAGCAGCCCGUAAUCAGGAACCAGUUUCAUGAUGAUGCGAGCUUGCAACGCAUCACCAAACUUUUCCUUCCCCAGUCGAUCCUAAAUCAAAUUAGCCCAGAGGUCUCCAAACUGGGCGAUGAGGUCCUUUCGCAGCAGAUCUUUGACUGGGUGGUAGACGCUGAGAGGAACCAGCCAUAUAUACGCGGAGACGGCCGCGAUGCGUUCGGAAGGCCGACGAGUGAACUUGUCGUCGGCGAGGGCUGGCGGAAACUGCAGGAAUUUGGGUUCAAAAAGGGAGUUGUCGCCCUCAACUACGACACAGACUAUGGACCCUACACGCGUCUCGUCCAGUUCAUCCGAUGCCACCUCUGGGAGGCAUCCUGCGCGAACACGCUCUGUCCAGCAGCCAUGCAAGACGGGGCCGCCCGCCUUCUGGAGCGCCACCUGUACAAGAACACGGGCCUUUCCCCAACCGAGCGCCAGGUCUUCCAGAACGCCUACAACCACCUUACCUCACGCGACCCAGCCAAGGCCUGGACGAGCGGGCAAUGGAUGACGGAACGCACCGGCGGCAGCGACGUCUCGCGGACCGAAACCGUAGCCAUCUACGAUCCAUACCCUGCAUCAUCCCCGCCGCCGCUGACCGACGUCGCCGAACAGAUCCCCCUCGGCCCGUGGUCCAUCUCAGGCUUCAAAUGGUUCUCCUCGGCGACCGACUCGCAGAUGACCAUCCUCCUCGCCAAAACGGCGCCGGACAAGGGCCUGAGCUGCUUCCUCGCCCCAACACGGCGGCACAACCCCUCUUUGCCAUCACCCACGGAAGGCUCGCCCGCAGGAGGUAGCGAGCUCAACGGGGUGACCAUCUCGCGGCUGAAGCGCAAGUUCGGCACGCAAUCGCUGCCCACGGCCGAGCUGGAGCUCAGGGGCAUGCGCGGGUGGCUUGUCGGGGAGGAGGGCAAGGGGGUGCGCGAGAUCAGCACCAUCCUGACCAUCACGCGGGUGCACACCAGCGUGUCGUGCAUGGGCUACCUGGGCCGGUCGCUGGGCAUCGCGCGCGCGUUUGCCCUCGUGCGCGAGGUAUCCGGGGCCGGGGUGGCGGGCGGCGCGCAGGGGGGGAGGGUGGUUCUGUUGUUGGCGUCGCACCCGCUGCAUAUGCGCACUCUCGCGUCUGUUACGGUGGAGUAUCAUGCUCUGAUGUUGUUGGUGUAUUAUACGCUGUUUGUUUUGGGUUUGGAUGAACGGGGCCCUCCGCAGACUUCAUCAUCAUCAUCAAGAGAAGACAGAAUCCCGCUUCGGCCCCCACCGCAGGAGCUGGUGUCCCCGCUCCUGCGGGUGCUCUCGUCGCUGCACAAGGCCUACACGUGCCACGCGACGCCGCCGCUCGUGCACGAGUGCAUGGCGGCGCUGGGCGGCGUCGGGUACUUGAUGAACGACGAGAGCCCGCAGAUCGGCGUGGCGAGGCUGUUUCGGGAUGCCUGCGUCGGCGCCAUCUGGGAGGGCACCACGGACGUGUUGGCAGGGGACACGGUCCGCGCGCUGCUGAAGAAGAGGAAUCCCGCCGGAAAACGGGAGAGUGAAUGUCUGCAGGCGUUGGACUGGUUCGUUCAAACCUUCCUGGGCGAUGUGUGUACCCCGGAUACGGAUAUGGAGAAGGAACAUGCUCUAGGGAGGAUAAGGGCCGAGUGGGAGGGGUUGAAGAAGAGGAUUGAGCUUGCCGGAACGGCAGAGCAAUUGCUCCCCGAGGCGAGAGGCGUGGUGUUUCGCAUUGCUGAGGUUUUGAUGGCGGUGCUGUAUGCGCUGGACGCGGCGAGGAAUCCCGGGGCGGAGAUUGAGGAGAUGUGUAGAAGGUAUUGGGCCAAGAAGGGGUUUUUCGAGGGUGGUGGCUGUAGCUGGCAGGCUCGGGGCGGGCUGGAGAUGGACCAGGCGAUUGUGUACGGGGCGGGGAACGUGACGGCGCCGGGUCAGGUCCGGGGUCAGGGGUUAAGGGGUUCGAAGCUUUAGGUUUAUCAAAUU